UGAUCAAUUAUUUGAUGUGCUGCGGCAGAAUGGACUCCUCAUUUUCGUCAGAUGUAGACAUCAAUAAGACCUUUGUGGAUGAGCACUUUUACUUUGAGGACAGUAUUGAUGGCUUUGGCAUCACCAUGGCCAUUCUCUACUUGGUGGUUUGCAUCCUGGGACUAGCUGGAAACUCCCUCGUCAUUGUUGCCAUUUUGAAAUUGGACAAAAUGUCAUCAUCCACAACAGUGUACAUUUUCAACCUGGCACUGGCUGACGGACUUUUCAUGGUUGGUCUUCCCUUCAUAGCAAGCCAGAACUUCCAGAAUCACUGGAUGUUUGGCGACAUGGCGUGCAAAGUGGUCAUGGUGCUGGACGGCAUCAACCAGUUCACCAGCGUCUUCUGUCUGACGGUGAUGAGUAUCGACCGCUACAUGGCACUGGCCAACCCGCUUCGGUUCGCCCGAUGGAGAACUCCCCGCUGUGCCAAGAUUGUUUCGGCAUUCCUCUGGCUGUUCUCGCUCCUCACCAUCCUUCCCAUGGCGCUUCACUUCUCAGCUGAUCGCGGACUGUGUAUACCAGAUCUUGUUUCGGAUGCCUGGUGGCUCGGCGUCUUGUCUUACACCUUCGUCAUGGGGUUUGCUUUGCCCUUCAUGGUCAUGACGGCUUCCUACAUGGCGCUGCUGCUCACCCUGAGGUCCCAGCGGCUCCAAGCGACGAUCCCGGCCCACGAGAGCCACCGGCUGGAGCGGCAGGUGACCAAAAUGGUGGUCGCAGUAGUGGUAGUGUUUGGGAUGUGCUGGCUGCCAUUUUACACCUUCAACUUCUGCUCCCUGUAUCAAACUGGCAUGGUCCUGACCUUCGCCAGAGGCUUCGAGUUUGUGGUCCUGCUGUCAUACUCGUGGAGCUGCGCUAACCCCAUCCUCUAUGGCUGCCUCUCCGACACCUUCAGGAGGCACUUCCGUACCCUCCUAUGCUCUGCCGCCAAAUCAUCUCCCAGCAUGCAGUGCAACACUGAACGGUAUGACUUAAAUGACACAGGUGGGCGGGAUAUAACCAUUCUGGCAUAA